GGUAGGAGACUAUCAGCGGCUACAACCAAUACAACCGUGGGGCAAACGUUCACCUCAACGAGUACAUUCGAUUUGUGUGAUGGGGACAGUAUGAUCUCGAAUGCAUAUUAUGAUGUGCGAUUCGAUGAAAAUUAUGCUGCACCGCACAGAGAUGUUGAGCGAAUAUCACAUUUACUGCAAAAAUCGCAGUCUUCGCUGGAAGGCGCUUUUCGUCCGGAUGCUCGUAGCGUGUGGACUGAAGUUCAGACUGAAUGUGCUCAGUUCCACGAGAACUUCAGUCUGAGUGACUAUCGAUAA